UCGUCUUAUUUUAGUGUACGAAAUACGAAUGUAUGAUUGCAUAUAGCACGAAAAAAAAAAACCUUAUACAUGAGAACAUUAGAAUUAAUUUGACAAAUCGUACAACUAUGAAAGUGGGCGCCUAUAAGUUUCUUACUUAGGGUUUUACUUUUACAAGGAUUAUUUUUUUUAUUUAAUAUAUUGAAAGGGUCUAAGUACGGGUCCAUGGGUAGGGUCUGGGUAUGAUGGGUACAUGGGUAGGGUCUGGGUCUGAAUUCAUUAUACCGGAACCCUUACCCUACCCGAUACCACCUAAACCCAUACCCUAUUCAGACCCACAGGGUCUUAAAAAUUUGGACCCAUAUCCGUAUUUUAGGGUAGGACCCGUUACUAUCCCUAGUCCAUAUGCCGUAUAGUUUAUUGAAGAAGUACUCCCUCUGUUUUUUUUUUUAUUAUUAUUUUUUUUUAUUUUUUUUUAAGUUAGAGUUGGAUUUGCACAUUUGCCGAGACACAAUUUUGACCAUCAAUAUCUUUAAUUAGAGGUUAGUAAAAAUUAUGAAAAAAUUAAUUUAUAAAGUAGACAUUAUAACAAAUCCAACAAUGUAUUAUAUGAUCAUAUUUAUAUAUUAUAUAUUGGUAAAAAAAAAAUUAAAAUAAUAAUGAUACAUGAAUAGUGGAAAAUCUCAAUGGUAGCUUAUAAAAAAAAAAAAACAGAGGGAGUAUGUUAACCAAAUAGUCAAACACACCCAUAAGGCAUAAGUCUCCCUCCACUUGGGUAGGAAGAGAAAUUCAAAAAUGAAGCAUACGCACAAACAUGUGCUAUAUGUAAUUUUAGUACACACUAUAAUGGCCCCUCUUCUCGAAACCAACACUCCACAACAAACACCACCUAAAACAACAUCGAUACCAACAACAAUCUCCACACUUGAAACACCUUUCAAUUCAAAUCCUAAUAAUGCUUCCCUUUCGUCCAAUUCUUUGGCAUCUUCUCCUUCUUCACUCCUUCUUCCUCUGCUACUGCAACACCUCGUUGCUUUCUCCUCUUUCCGCCAUUUUUAAUCCCAAAAAACCUCCAUUUCUAGCCAUGAAUACACCCACAUUCCUCAUCCUUUUUCUGUUAAACCUCUCAUUUUCUCUCUCCUCUUCCCUCAACUCUGACGGUCUCUCCCUCCUCGCACUCAAAUCCGCCAUUACUUCCGACCCAACUCGCUCUCUCUCCUCCUGGUCCGAAUCCGACCCGGACCCAUGUCACUGGGUCGGAGUCGGCUGCAAUGGCGACCGGGUUACUGACGUCACCCUCUCUAACAAAGCGUUAACUGGAUAUCUCCCUUCUGAACUCGGCGCUAUUCUCUCUCUUCGUCGUCUUUCUCUCUCCUACAACAACUUCUCCAGUACUAUCCCACCUCGUCUCUUCAAUGCUACUUCUCUCGCUUCCCUCGACCUCUCUCAUAACUCACUCUCCGGCCCGAUUCCGGCCCAAAUCGAGUCUCUUACGGGCCUCCGGUUCUUGGACCUUUCAUCUAAUUUUCUCAAUGGGUCGCUUCCGAGUGGGCUCAGUGAGUUGACCCUUCUCGAAGGGACGCUGAAUUUAUCGUAUAAUCAGUUUUCCGGCGAAGUUCCGGCGAGUUUUGGAAGGUUUCCGGUGAUGGUUAGCUUGGAUCUCCGGCAUAAUAAUCUCACCGGAAAAAUUCCUCAGGUGGGGUCGUUGUUAAAUCAGGGGCCCACUGCAUUCGCCGGAAACCCUAAUUUAUGUGGGUUUCCGUUGAGUUCGCCGUGCCCUGAAGCGCAAAACCCUAAUGUGAUCGGAAACCCGGAAAAUCCGAGUGACCCGAAGAACCCUAAUUUGGGUAAUGGGGAGAAUGCAGAAAGUGGGGGGAAGAAGACGAUUUCAAUUUCGUUGAUUUUAGGGGUUUUUGCUGUUUUGAUUGCUGGGGGUAUUUUGGUCUUUUUGUUUGUUGUGAGGAAGAAUUUGAGGGCUAAGGAGGGUAUAAUGGGGAAUUCUGGUGAGGAGAAGUUGGGGAAAGGGGAGAUGGUGAGUCACGUGAGGGUGGUGGUGGGGGAGGAGGAUGAUGAUGAAGGGCAAAAUGGUAAAUUUGUGGUGGUGGAUGAGGAGGGGUUUGGGUUGGAAUUAGAGGAUUUGUUGAGGGCAUCAGCUUAUGUAGUGGGGAAGAGUAGGAGUGGGAUAGUGUACAAAGUGGUGGUAGGCGGUGGUAAAGGAUCGGGUGUGGUUCCCCCUACGGUUGUUGCGGUUAGGAGGUUGAGCGAGGCCGAUGAUGUCACGUGGCGGCUUCGGGAUUUUGAGGCCGAGGUGGAGGCUAUGAGUAAGGUUCAACAUCCAAAUAUAGUAAGGUUCAGGGCUUAUUAUUAUGCACAAGAUGAGAAGCUCUUGGUGUCUGAUUUCAUUCGGAAUGGCAGCUUGUACACUGCAUUGCAUGGUGGAUCCUCCAAUGAGUUGUCACCUUUAUCAUGGGCUUCAAGACUGAAAAUCGCACAAGGCACUGCAAGGGGUUUGAUGCACAUUCAUGAAUGCAGCCCGAGAAAAUAUGUUCAUGGAAACAUUAAAUCAUCCAAAAUCCUACUUGACGAGGACCUUAAUCCGUACAUCUCUGGGUUUGGUAUCAAUCGUCUCCAAUGUGGGCGUUCAAAAUCUGCAAACCCUUCAUUAAAAAGGCCCAGUUUAAGCCAGUCUUUCUUAACAGGCUCCAAGAUCUUGGGUCCAUCUGUGGUUGCCUAUUCAGCCCCAGAGGUCCAAACUAGUGGUGGCAAGCUCACCCAAAAAUCUGAUGUUUACUCAUUCGGGAUUGUACUGAUGGAGAUAUUAACUGGUCAGCUACCAAGUGCUGGACCUGACAACGAUGAAAAGGGCUUACAAAGCCUUGUGAGGAAGAUUUUUAGGGAAGAGAGACCUUUAUCAGAGAUCAUAGAUCCAGCUCUGCUGCAUGAAGUUCAUGCCAAGAAGCAGGUAUUGGCCACAUUUCAUAUGGCUCUAAACUGCACAGAGCUGGACCCUGAGCUGAGGCCAAGGAUGAGAACUGUUUCCGAGAGCCUUGAUCGCCUCAAGUUUCAAUGAGAAGGAAGAUGGUAAAUAAUGUGUAAAUGUUUGUUAGAAGCAUUAGGUUGACUCAAUUGAUGUAGAGUAUCUUUGCCUAUCUUCAGUAGUGAUAUUUUGUAGUAGUAUGCCUUGUGUUGCUGUCUAAACUAGGAAGUGUGAAGAGUGUAGAAUUUAGAAAGAAUUAUCUCGCUACAUAUUCUGCCUGGAUUUCUUUUUGCUUUGCUCUGAGGUUCAGGGGGUUCAUGGGAAGAUUGGGAACCAACAGAAGUGGCUUGACUAUUUAGUGACCUGUCUAGUUGAUUGAAUGACAUUCGAUGCUAACACGAUUAAUUUUUGAAUUGAUAUACUUAUAUUGGCUUUUAAUUUCAGUAGAAUAUGGUCUAGUGGAGCGACUGUACAAAGAAUAGCUAAUUGUGUUUUGUUUUUCUAACAAUCUUUUGUUUUCCAAUUGGUUUACACCGUAAACCUGUAACAGAGCAAAUCUUAAGGUGAACCUUGUUCCUGUGAUUGAUGAACUGCGAUAGUAAUUUUUUGACUGGAUGCAGUAAUAACCUUGGCAAACUGGUAACUGGUAAGAGUGGCAACAAUCUGAAGGUAAGGAUAGAAUUUAGGAAAAAUUGCGAGGAAGGUCUUUUUAAGUGGUCGAUCUUGUGUGGUAGGUCCUUUUAUGAAAAAAGUGUCAUUAAAGGUCCUUUUAUGGCGAUUGGGUUGUGAGGAGGGUCCUUUAAUCAAACUCCGGCGUUGACCUACAUUUUCCGGCCAAAAAAAGUCACGUGUUGUGCAAUCAGCUUUUUUUUUUUUUUUUCUUUUUUCUUUUUUUUUUCUUUUCUUUCCACUUCAUCUUCUUCCUCCCUUUCAAUUCCACACCUCCAUGAAUGACAAUUCCAGCCAGACCUCCGCCCACUACACCUCCACCUCUGGCAACAAGGAACCCCAUCCCACCAGCCACCACCCUAGUCGCAACCCAAAAACACGAGGUUUUUAGACCAACCAUUCCUAAGACAAUACAAGUGAAGGUCAAGAACGAAAUGUCGACAGCCAUGUGAAAAAGCCACACCCAAAUUUUACAUAGCUAAUUGAACCUUAAUACAAUUCUUCCCUAAAGCAAAGGGCUUAGAUUAUUUAGCAGGAAAUUGGAAAUAUUUCUCACCCAAAAAUUUUCACAUCAAAUUUCUUAUAAUUUUACCGAUUUUGAUCUCUCCUCAAUUCUCCUCUAAUAUCUAUAUUAAGUACAUAACAAUAUCCUGAAAUCUGUACAACUAUGAUUUCAAGCAAAGCUCUGUGUAUAUUUUAUGCAGCAUUGUAGCCCCAAAGACUGGAGAUCGACAAAUCAAUAGAAAAGUUGAUGUUACAAAAUGAUAUGCAUAAUUUCUACCAACGAAUGAAAACAGACAAAUGCCAAACAUUAAAUGAAGAAAAUUCAUUGCAAGAUCAGAAUACCUCAACAAGUAUACUCUGAACCAAAGCUGGCAAUCAUCUACAUCACCUGAAAGUAGUCGAAUGCAUACGAAUGUGAAACGAAAUUAGGGGAAAACCCCAAUGGAGAUCAAAGGGUCAAAGAAUCGAAAAUGGAUGAUCCAAAAUUAGGAGAAUUGUAUAUGGUGGUUUUUUUGGGUGGUUUCCAUCCACCGUAUUCCAACGGAGGUGGUUGGAGUCUCGUGUUUUGGGUUUCGACCAGGGUGGUGGCUGGUGGGAUGGGGUUCCUUGUUGUCGGAGGUGGAGGUGUGGUGGGCGGAGGUCUGGCCGGAAAUGCCAUUCAUGGAGGUGUGGAAUUGAAAGGGAGGAAGAAGAUGAAGAGGAAAGAAAAGAAAAAAA